AUUUUCUGUUGUUUAUAACCUCAAAUAUUGAAUUCAAUAAAUGCAAUCAAACGCAACAGCCGUUGGACGAUUCGAUUUGCAGUGAGAGGGAAAAAAACGAUUAUCGGUUUAUCGGUUAUCUUCUACGUUCAAUGCUUAUACAACGAAGUUUUCAAGUACUGAAAAAUAUCCAGACGACAGUGUUAAGGAGAUAUCACAAUUUCAACGAUCCUUCUUUUUUUUACGACGAAAUGCCCAAAACUAAGGAAUUUGUGUCGUCGAGCAACGACAGCGAAAGCGAGGAAGAGAGACCUGUGAAGAGGAAGCGCGAGGAAAAAAAGGAAAAAGUAGAAAAGGCGGCAAAAGCAGAAAAAGCGGAAUCCAGCAAAAAAUCCAAAAAAUCUUCAAAGGACGAAGAAGAAGAUAAAUGGGAUAUUGGCAACAAUCGUUUUGUAACCGUUCGUGAAUUCAAGGGCAAAAUGUAUGUUGAUAUCAGAGAGAUGUAUGUCGACAAAGAAGGUGAAUUAAAACCUGGAAAGAAGGGUAUCGCCAUGAAUAUGAUGCAAUGGCGCAAAUUCAUGGAUCAAGUUGAAGAAAUUGACAAAGUAGCUAAAGACAGAUGUUGAACAUUUGCGGCUGUCAAUUCUAUUACAAGGAAAAUUCUUCUGCCCUUUUUCUUUUCCUAUGGAUUAAUAUAUUUUUUCAACAUUUCAAACAGAAAAUCAGUUCAAUAUUCUGUAUCAAAAUGUGAUUUAAUAAGGAAAUGUUAAAUAAACUAUAAAUAUUUAUA